AAGGAUGCUCCAUGUGAUGGGGGAUGCCGCCUGCUGCCUCCUGCUCGGGCUCUCCCUCCUCCCCAUCGCCGUCCUGGGCUCGCAGGACGAGGGGAAGGUGAUCCACAUCACCCGGGUGCAGCACCAGGCGCUGCGCGUGGGGCUGGGCGAGCCCGUGACGCUGCCCUGCCUCUUCCUCCUGCACCCCUCGGCAUCCCUGGGGCCCAACGAGCCCCCGGAGCCGCCCCGCGUCAAAUGGAGCAAGGUGCGCUCGGCCAGCGGCCAGAGGGAGGACUCGCCCAUCCUGGUGGCCAAGGACAACGCGGUGAAGGUGGUGAAAGGCUACGAGGGGCGAGUGUCGCUGCCGGGGGGGGGCGCCGUCAUCGCCUCCCCGCAGCAUCUCCAGGCCGCCUUCGAGGACGGCUACGACAACUGCGACGCGGGCUGGCUGAGCGACCAGAGCGUGCGGUACCCCAUCACCCUGUCCCGGCCCGGCUGCUACGGAGACCGCAACAGCCUCCCCGGCGUGCGCAGCUACGGGCGCAGGGAGCCCGCCGAGCUCUACGACGUCUACUGCUACUCCCGGGAGCUGCGAGGGACCGUGUUCUACGCCACGGCUCCGGGCCGCUUCACCUGGCAGGGUGCCCGCCGGCACUGCCGGAGCCGCGGGGCAGCGCUGGCCACCACGGGCCAGCUCUACCUGGCCUGGCGAGAGGGGCUGGACCAGUGCGACCCGGGCUGGCUGGCCGACGGCAGCGUGCGCUACCCCAUCCGCCAGCCCCGCAGGAAAUGCGGGGGCGACGCCUCGGGGGUGCGGACCCUCUACCAGUUCCCAAACCGCACCGGUUUUCCCCCCGCCGCCUCCAAAUUCGACGCUUAUUGCUACAAAGCCGCGGGACACAGCGACACGGAGGAGUCGGUGCCACCCACGCCCGACCCGCCGAGCAGCGACAACGUGCUGGUGGAGCACAGCGAGGAGCUGGGCACGUCGGGGGACACCCGCGACAUCCCCCGCGGCAGCUUCGACCUCCUGCCACCUCCGGGGCCCGCGGGGCCGGGCGAGGAUGGGGGGCUCGCGGGCGCUGCCCUGCCACCGGCGGCUCCAGAGCUGGGCACAGGCGCUGUGACAUCGCCGCCACCCACCGCGGCCACCUCGCUGGCGUGGCCUCACCACGAGGAGGUUCUCAACGUGCUGGAUGAGGCUCCGGAGAGCUCCCGGUGGGAUCCUCCCAGCGCCAGCCCCGCACAAGGAGACCCCCAGGGACCCCCGGCCACCCUCCUGUCGCACUCCCAGAGCGCAGCUCUGGAGCACAGCUCGUCCUUGUCACCGGCCGGGCUGGGAACUGUCCCCAGCGCCACCCCGGAGACCCCCAGCGCCACCCCGGAGACCCCCAGCGUCCCGAGGAGGAGCUACCCCGGCCUGAACGGGCGCUACUUCCAGCUCCAGCGGCACAGCCGCGACCCCGCGGUGGCAGCUGGGGACACCGCGGUGGCAGCACCAAUUGUCACCCAGGCUCCCGUGCUGGCGCAGGAGGUGAAGGGAGCCGCAGCCAACGCCGUGGAGCUGUGGAGCCUCCCCCGAGCACCGGGGACGGUGCGGGGAUGGCCCGGGGACGGCGCGGGUCGCACCGCACCCCCAGCCCGGCUCUCAGCGCGCCGCUGCCGCCCCGCAGCGCCGCCGGACCCGUGCCAGAACAACCCGUGCCUGCACGGCGGGACGAGCCGCGCCAACGGCACCGUGUGCGGCUGCAGCUGCGCCCCGGGCUUCACCGGCGAGAACUGCGAGAUCGACAUCGACGAUUGCCUGUCCAGCCCGUGCCAGAACGGCGGCACCUGCAUCGAUGAGGUCAAUUCCUUCGUGUGCCUCUGCCUGCCCAGCUACGGCGGCAGCCGCUGCGAGAAAGACACGGAGGGCUGUGACCACAACUGGCACAAGUUCCAGGGCCACUGCUAUCGCUACUUCGCUCGCCGCCGCUCCUGGGAGGACGCGGAGCGCGACUGCCGCCGCCGGGCCGGGCACCUCACCAGCAUCCACUCGCAGGAGGAGCACGCCUUCAUCCAUGGUUUCGGCCACGAGAACACCUGGAUCGGCCUCAAUGACCGCAUCGUGGAGCAGGACUUCCAGUGGACCGACAACACCGGCUUGCAAUACGAGAACUGGCGGGAGAACCAACCCGACAACUUCUUCGCGGGCGGCGAGGACUGCGUGGUGCUCGUGUCCCACGAGAUCGGCAAGUGGAACGACGUGCCCUGCAACUACAACCUGCCCUACAUCUGCAAGAAAGGCACAGUGCUCUGCGGGCCCCCCCCGGAGGUCCCGAACGCGUUCCCGGUGGGAAAGAAGAAGGAGAAAUACAACAUCCACUCCAGCGUGCGCUACCAGUGCCACGAGGGCUUCACCCAGCGCCACGUCCCCACCAUCAAGUGCCACAGCACCGGCAAGUGGGACCGCCCCAAAAUCCUCUGCACAAAACCCAGGCGGUCCCACCGAGCGCGGCGGCACCGGCGGCACCGGCACAGCCACCCGCACCACCAGCACCAGCACCACAAACCGCGCAAGGAGCGGCGAAAACACCGCCAGCACCUCCGGCUGGACUGGAUGGAGGAGGGCCACUACUUCUAGAGCCGGGCGAGCACAAACGGGGGGUGUGGCCCCCUCCCCCUCACC